AUGGAAGACCACAACCAGGAUUCUGAUACCGAAGAGGAGUAUGUGAGGCCGCGAUGGUACGACUACAACCACAUGUACUGGUUGUCCUGGCACUGGCUCUCCGACAAUGUGCGAGCAAUUUUCUACUGGUGGGUGCGAUUUUUCAAGUCGUUUAUUGGCCUACACUAUAUUUAUAUCAUUUCGAUGUCCAUCAUAUCAUCGAUCAUCAUUUACCCACAAAAAGACAUGACCUAUACCAACGCACUUUUCCAGGCGGUCUCAAUUUCAACAAACACAGGCCUUAAUACAAUUCCCUUAGCAGACAUGAAAGUUUAUCAACAGGUCGUCUCUUACAUUGUGCCUAUUUUGGUUCAUCCGCUCGUGAUCAACGGUGCGGUGGUGGUGGCACGGCUGCAUUGGUUCGAGAAAAAGUUUGAUAACAUCGCCGAAAUGUCGAAACGGCAGUCCAAGAUGCGAAGAGCAGCUACCAAGGCGAGGGCCCAGCAGGCGGCAGACAACAGCUCCGAUAUUUCGCCGAGUGAUGAGGAAAAAGAGGUUGGUCUCGAGGACCCAGUCCUGACGAACAGCUCAGAAACAACAACAAACCAGCACCCGCCCACUGACAGAGACAUUCGGUUCGGUGACUUGCCAAUGCCUUCGCGUCGUGAAUAUAAUACCCAGGACAUGUUCCGAUCUCUAAGAAUGAUGAAAAGCCAGCCUAAUGCUGAGGAUCUCGAUGAAGAUGAUGGGCCGGCCCUUAUUAUCAAGAGCCCUCGAGACAUUGAGCUGGAUGAAGCUAGAGGCAUUGCUGGCGUCGUAAGGAGAGCGUCAGAGGGUCAUAAUUCAAUCGAACCCCACCCUGAUGAAGAAAACGAGGCGCAACGCAGACGGCCUUCUUUCAGCACGCCAAUGGACCCACGACUUCGUCAGAACAGCACAAUCCAUUCUCGCAGAUCUAGUAUCCACGAUUUACGAAGUACUGGGCGAACAAUGACAGCAAACUAUUUAUCAUGGACGCCCACCGUUGGGCGUAACUCCACAUUCGUUGGCUUGACUAGAGAACAGAAAGAUGAGCUGGGAGGUGUUGAGCACCGUGCACUGCGCCUUUUGCUAAUGAUUGUUAGUGGAUACCUCUUGGGAUUUCUUAUCGUGGCGACGAUCAUGUUUGUUCCCUGGACAUACGCACGGAAACACUACAAGGAUAUAAUUGAAAAUCAGGACUUGUCGCCUGGAUGGCACUCUGCAUUUUUGGCGGUCUCAUCUUUCUGUAACUUGGGAAUGUCACUUUCUGGCGACUCGCUCACUAUUUUCCAAAGGACCGCAUAUAUCCCCUUGUUGGUGAGUAUUUUUAUCAUGUUCGGCAACACAGCCGUGCCAGUAGGACUGCGUCUGGUAAUCUGGAUUAUGUUCAAAUUGACCCCUCCGUUUGGUCGUAUGCAUGAGACGCUGGCAUUUUUAUUAGACCAUCCCCGUCGUUGUUUCAUGCUUUUAUUUCCUUCAGGCACCACCAUGCUACUUUUUCUGGUGUUAUGCUUGUUCAACGUUGUGGACCUUAUCUUGUUCGUUAUUUUCGAUCUCGGAAGAUCAGCUCUUACAGAUAUUCCAAUGAACUACAGAGUUAUGUGUGGUUUUGUACAGAGCGUUUGCACUCGUAUUGCAGGAUUUUCUAUUCUGCCGUUGCCUGAUCUGCAUAUCGCCGUGAAAUUUUCGUACAUUAUCCUCAUGUACAUUUCGGUCUAUCCGUUGGCUAUUUCGAUUCGUAAAACCAACGUUUACGAAGAACAAACUCUGGGUAUUUACGGAGAUGAGGAAGAUAUCAAUGCUGAAGAAAGGAGCAUGCUUGAAUCAGCCAAGUCGUCUGCGCCCACUAGCCCGAUGUUGUCGCAUAUGCAAAGACAGCUUUCGCACGAUUUAUGGUAUCUUGUGUUGGGGCUAUUUUUGGUUCUUAUUUGUGAAGCCGGUAAGAUAGAGCGAAAUGAGAUCCCAUUCUUUGACGUGCUCUUCGAAGUUGUGUCUGCCUAUGGCACAGUGGGAAUGUCAAUGGGCUUUCCAACCACUUCAGCAUCUUUAAGCUCACAGUUCAGCACGGUGGGCAAGCUUGUUAUCAUGGCCCUGAUGAUUCGCGGCCGCCACCGGGGUCUGCCAUAUCGGAUUGAUCGAUCGAUUAUUCUUAAAGGUGGUGAUGUUGAAGUGCUCGACGAAGUUCAGCAAACACUUGCAAGACAUCCCACUGUACUUCAACAACGCAACACUCUUGAUAACUGGUCCUCUCGCGUCGAAACAACUGCAUCCAGGCUACGCCGGGUGGGUACCUCAGCCAGCCGCCUGCGGCCGACGUUGACCUCCUUGUCAGGCCGGUCUCAAGACAGUAGACGUCGUCAGCGCACACAAAGAGCUAUGUCUAGUUAG